CCGGAAGCCAGGCGGGGUCCUUUCUGGCUGCCCGUUCGCUCCAAGGUGCCUGCGGCUCUGGGCGCCGGCCGCGCGGCGGGAGGGAGGGGGCGGGGGGCGGCGGGACCUUCCCUCGGCGCCGGGCACGAUGAUGGUGGGAAGGACCAGCGCCAUCGCGGCGGGGCUGUGCGGGGCCCUCUUCAUCGGCUACUGCAUUUACUUCGACCGCAAGAGACGGAGCGACCCGAAUUUCAAGAACCGGCUGCGGGAACGAAGAAAGAAACAGAAGCUUGCCAAAGAGAGAGCAGGGCUUUCCAAGUUGCCUGAUCUGAAAGAUGCUGAAGCUGUUCAGAAGUUUUUCCUUGAGGAGAUUCAGCUUGGUGAGGAACUACUAGCUCAAGGUGAAUAUGAGAAGGGUGUUGAUCACUUGACCAAUGCCAUUGCUGUGUGUGGACAGCCACAGCAACUACUACAAGUUCUACAGCAGACUCUUCCACCACCAGUGUUUCAAAUGCUUCUAACUAAGCUCCCUACAAUAAGCCAGAGAAUUGUAAGUGCACAGUGCUUGGCUGAAGAUGAUGUUGAAUGAGGUCACACCACAACAGGGGGAAAAAGUGUUUUCUUACCCCAGAAGAUGAGCAUCAGUAGGGGGAUAAAGGGGCAAACAUAGUAGUUAAUGGACUGUAUACCACAUCGGGUUCUACCAGAGUUAAAAUUAACUUUGUGUAGGUGGGUUUCGCAGGAUAUUAUUUAUUAUCCCAGUGAAAAGUGUAUUUUGAUAAGAAUUCAUUUUAUAAAUACACUGUGUUGAGUUAUCAAAGUAUCACUAACUUCAUUAUUAUUAAAAUAUGCAGUUGUAAUGUUGUACAUAUAAAGACAUAAAAAUACGACCUAUUAAAAACCCAAUGCUCAUUUUUGAAAAAACAAAGUUAUGGCAAUAAAGAUUUAUCUGCA